AUGAAGGAUUGUAGGGUUUUCAUCUUUUCACCACAACCCUUCAUUUUUCCUUCUUUUACUUCUGCGCCAUCAUUUCAUCACUCCUUUUUUUUCUUCAUUCUCUACUUCCAAACAUUCACAAAUGUUAUAACAGUAGAAGAUUAUUGUGGUUUUGAAAACGAGUUGAGCCUAUCAAAAGGAGACCGUGUGUGGGUUGUAGAACGUUGCAACUCAGCGGUCUUCAAAGGAGUUGUGUUUGGGAAAAAAGGAAAUUCACGGAGCGGAUUUUUCCGAUCGUCAGCUGUAAAAGAAGAGGAGAAUCAAGUGCAGAACAGCGAGUCAACUCCACCAAGUCCAAAAGUUAAAGCAAGAAAAAAUUAUAUCCAAAUGACUUCGAGGAUUGCGAAAAAUCAGAAAAACCCAACAUCCACGUUUUGUUCAACCCCAGCAUCCAAACCGAAUGGACCGCGUAAUUGUUCUAUUAGCCAUUAUCAUGACAUAAACCGAAACACACCAUCCCCAAUGGCUUCAUUUGGGAGGACAACAUCGUGGAUCGCAGAAAAAAAUUAUCAAAUUCCAACAAAUUCGACGGCAUGCACCUCUUUCGGCUCAUCUUUUAACGGCAGCCGCACUCCGACACCAAGUAAGAAAGUUUUAUUAUGUAACAAGCCAUCUACGAUGUAUUCUUCUUCGUCUUGCUUGUAUCCAACUAAAAUGGAAAAUCAGUACUCAUCGAUAGGAUCGAGUUCAAGUCAAAGUAGUUCAGGUUUCGAAAGUGCUAAAUGCUCAACAUCUACAUCUGCUUCAUCGUUUCCGUCCGCUGUACAAAGUAAUGAAUCCGGUCGUGAAUCUAUUCAUAGUGUCCGCUCUGUAGAAAGCGGUAGCGGCUCCUCAUCUUCAAUUCAUGCGUUGGACGAUUCACUUUAUCGCUCUAUUUAUGAGAUAGAUGUAACAGGAAUGGCUGAGAGUGGCGUGCCUCACGCGGAAAUUCUAGCCAACUGGUUAGAUAGUAUUCAUUUGAGCCAAUAUUUGGCGUUGUUUUUAAAACAAGGAUACGAUCUUCAAACUAUAGCUCGCUGCACUCCCGCCGAUCUUUUGACUCUUGGUAUCAAAAAUCCUGAUCAUCGAAAAAAGAUUAUGAUGGAUAUUCACAGCUGGAAAAUUGUCGAUCAGUGGCCACAUGUGGUUCCAAACAAUAACCUAAGGGAAUGGCUCCAAGCAAUAGCUCUAGCAGAAUAUAUUCCAUUAUUUGAAAGUCAAAAGUAUAAAACUGUUCAAGACGUGCUGGAUUUGCAAUGGGAAGAUUUCGAGGACAUCGGUGUUAAGCGAUUGGGUCAUUUAAAACGGUUCGGGUUGACAAUUAAGAAGUUGAAGGAGUAUCAACGUCACACAUUCAGCUAUCCACAAAAUGCUUCUAACAAUUCUACGAUGAAUGUUGACAUGGGUUAUUCUCUUCAUUCUCACACUCACUCAAGUAUAUCGGACUCUCGAAGAAGUCUAAACAUUUCAAGGAUCAACGAUCCACCACCUCCAGCGCCUUCAGGACCCUAUCGCUCUUUCAAAGAAAGUAGUGAUGAACUAGACAAGGAGAUUUUCGAAAAAAAUCUCUGGGAUUCGGUAUCAACUCUAUCGAGUGCACAUUGUAAGCCUAUCCAUCUCAUUUCUAAGCCAAAAAGCACUUCGGAUUUGCUUUUCGGAGACGAUCGCCCCAUUCGACUAAGCUUAGUUUCCACGGGAAAAAUUUUGAGCGAUAUAAGCAAAUUGAGAAAAAGCGAAGAAGAAGACGAAGAGCUGGAAGAUCCAAACGAGUGUCCACCGCCGCCAGCCCCUCUUCAUUGCAACGUUGGUCCGCAUCACACAUCAUCUUUCAACCUGCCCUCUUUCAACUUUUCACAAAGCAAUGAACAAUUUCCUUUUGCUAAUGAGAACUGUGGGACUAUAAAAAAUCACGCGUUUAGAUACUCCGCCGGUCGUUCAACAUCGGCUUUUAAUGUACCUUCUUCGCUGCCACCGCUUCUCUCAGACGACCACGUCAGUGACCAAUCAUCCAAUGGAAGAUCAAACAACGAUCCAACAAUCGAUGAGAUGCUUCAAGAAAUUCAAGGCGCUAUGGAAAUUUUCAUUGCUUCACCAGCUUCUCCCUCAUCAACAGUCGAUAAAUAA